AUGAGAUCCACCGUCAUCAACUCGAUGUUUUCGUGCACAGAAGCAAUCUCGUCUAUUAGUUCGCGAAUUCCCUGGAUUACCACCGAUCUCAGGUCCUGGUUUGGCUGUUUGGUGAGCUGGUUGGAUGGAUUUUUGUUGGUCUGGGUCGUGGAGAGCAGCUGGAACAUCGACGUGUUAUAUGGAGCGUUAUUGGCCAUGUCGGUGGCCGUGGUUUCGCUCACCUCGUCUCUGAUGAUCGCCAGAACACGUCUCACGAUGUUUCCGGCGGCAAACUCGCGCGGCUGGGCCUCGAUGAGCUUGGUGCCCACUCCUCUGAUCAGCUCAAUAAACUCGGCGGUGCUCGACCACCGGCCGCUCGAAAUCACCCGCAUCAAAAGCCGGCACGUCGCCGUGGCAACAUUUAUGAGUGUUGCUAUCUUGGUUGUCUCUGACUCUGUUGCGAAAGGUAAAUCGGAGGACAAAGUGGUGGGGGCGCUGAGUGCGAAGCUCGAAGACCUCAAUCUGGCGUAUUCUGACGUCGUUUCGGACGACAAGGCCCAAAUCCAGUCGAAAGUGCUGGAUUUCGUUAAUAAGGGUGUUCAGCUCGUUCUCACUUGCGGUGGAACAGGAUUCACCCAGCACGACAUCACCCCAGAAGCAAUUGAGCCUCUGCUCGAGAAAAAGGCCCCGGGACUCGUCCACGCGAUGCUCUCGUUCUCGCUCAAGGUGACUCCGUUUGCGAUGCUGGCCAGACCCGUGGCCGGCGUGCGUGGACAGACUCUCAUCGUGACACUGCCGGGAUCUCCCAAAGGCGCGACCGAGAACUUUGAGGCGAUCCAGCCCGUUUUGAAACACGCGCUGCCGCAAUUGGGCGUCGAGAGCGCAAGAGCUUUGCACAGCCACGGCCACAGCCACGGGCAUCACCACGGGCAUGGCCAUGGGCAUCUGGCAAAACACACGCUGACGCAGUCUGUGGUCACCAGAGACAGAGUGUCUCCGUACCCGGCUAUUUCUGUGCCUGAAGCGUACGAGAAGAUUGUACAGCACACGCCGCAACCGGAGAUAUUGGAGCUCAGUGUGCUUGAUCCGCAGGUUGUUGGCUCCGUGGUUGCAGAAGAUAUUUAUUCGAGUUUGGACGUGCCUAAUUUCCGUGCCAGUAUCGUUGACGGCUAUGCUGUUGUGGCAGAAGAUGGUCCGGGAACGUAUCCGGUGGUGACUGUGUCGCAUGCCAACAGAAACGAGAAAAAAGUGCUUGUUUCGGGCGAAAUAGCAAGAAUCACCACGGGAGCGCCGUUGCCUGACGGAGCCAACGCAGUGGUGAUGGUGGAGGAGACAAAGCUGGUGCAGACCACAGACGAUGGCAAGGAGGAGAAACUGGUGGAGAUUCUGGCGCAGGAUGUCAAAUCUGGCGAGAAUAUCAGAGCCGUUGGCUCAGAUACCAAAAAAGGAAGCCUGGUGCUUGCCAAGGGGUCCAGAAUAUCUGUUGGUGGAGGAGAGAUUGGGGCAUUGGCCAGUGUUGGCGUUAAAUUGAUCAAAGUGUACCGCAAACCAACGAUUGGCGUUCUAUCUACCGGCAACGAGCUACAGGAUCUGAAAACAGAAAAAAGUCUUCACUACGGUGAAAUUUACGACAGCAACCGGCCAACACUAAUUUCCAUGGUGGAGAACUCCGGAUACAAGGUUGUUGAUCUGGGAAUAGCCGCAGAUACAAAGAGCUCGCUCACGAGUAUCAUUCGAGACGCGUUUGACAAAAAACACAUCGACUGCUUGAUAACUACUGGUGGUGUUUCCAUGGGAGAAAUGGAUCUUCUCAAACCGACAAUCGAACACGACCUGGACGGAACAAUUCAUUUUGGCCGUGUCAGAAUGAAGCCCGGCAAACCAACCACGUUCGCCACCAUCGGGAACUCGAAAGUGGUGUUUGCUUUGCCCGGAAACCCGGCCUCAUCGUCGGUCUGCUACCAUUUGUUUGUGCUGCCCUCGUUGCUCAAAUGGCAAGGUCUGAAACCAGUUCUUGGCCAGAAGUUGCCAACUGAGCCAAUUGUUAAAGUGAAGCUGACAUCGGAGCUCAGAUUGGACCCGCAACGGCCAGAGUACCAAAGAGUCAGUAUUCGCCAGGAAAACAUGCACCUGGUGGCCUCUUCAACAGGAUUCCAACGGAGCAGCAACAUCGGAUCGUUUAAGAACGCCAACGGACUUUACACUAACAAUCAGGAAACUUUGGUUCAGUUGAACAAUUUGAAAAUAUCCGAGCUCAAGUCGAUCUGUAGGUCGAUUGGACUGGUUUUGUCGGGAAGAAAAGCCGAGAUCGCGGGGAGAAUCGAGCAGUAUUUUGCAAGCGGCCGUUACCAGGGCGACCAGGUGCGAUUACUGGCUGUUCGAGCGCUGAUUAUGAAGGCCUCUGUUGGUCAAGAAUUACCACCGUACCAGAGUUUAUAUGCUCUUUUCCGAACGAACGCGCACACGAUCCAGAUUCCGAACCAGUACACUGCUCCAGAAGUGGUUCCCAAGCCUAUUCCUGCGGUUGUGUUCAAAAAAAGCGAGUUUUACGUUCUCAAGCACCAGGUCCACGCGAGUGGAUCGAAUCCGCUGAUUGCGCCACAGAAACAGAAGGACCGCGGUUCUUGUCGGUUCAUCUUCCAUCUGACGCCAGAGGAGAAAGAACUGUUGCAGAGCAGCGCGAAUAUGAAGCUGUCGCUGCUUUCUGGCACGCGAACUGCUGGAGAAAACGAACAGUACUUGGAGUUUCCACAACCCAACGAGAUCACGAUGAACGGGGUGCGGCUCAAACAGACGGGACGAGGCAUCAAAGGACGGCCUGGGUCGGCCAAGCCCAUAGAUCUGAUGGCCAACCUGCGGCUGAACGAGACAAAUCGGCUGGAAGUUGUGUAUGCGUUCACAAACACCGAUUUCUGGCUAUAUCUAUACAUAUUGGAGGAGAUCCCGGCCUCGAGACUGGUGGACCAGAUUCUGGGAAAGCAGCACAUCUCGGUGCAGACGACGAUAGAGGCCAUCAAGGAGCGACACUUGGAGGACGACGACGAUCUUGUGCAGACAGAUAAGGAGGUGUUAUCGCUGAUGUGUCCGUGUUCGUUUAUCAAGAUGCGAUAUCCGUGCCGAUCGAUUAAGUGCGGACACAUCCAGUGCUUUGACGCGUUGUCGUUUCUCCAACUUCAGCAGCAGGCACCGACGUGGCAGUGUCCUGUUUGCUCGAACCGGCUAAAUCUGGACGAUUUGGCUAUUGACGAUUAUUUCCAGGCCAUUGUGGAAAAAACCGGAGAAGACGAUGAGGCUGUGGAGAUUGACGAAGUGGGGAACUGGGCUGUGAAACAGGACGCGGAGCAGGAAGCUGAGCAGGGACCCGCCAGAGAUUUGCGCGAGAAAUCGCAAACACGCCAAGAAAGCGAGGCACCCGUGGCGGUGAUCAGUCUCGAGAGCGACGAGAGCGACGUUGGAGAGCCGGGGGAUCUUGGCAGAACUGACGGGGUGCCGGAAAAACACGAGCAUCUUGCUUUUAAAACGGCUCUGGGCCGCGAAGCCGCUCAGACAACGCAGGAACCACCAACUUCGAUGCCACAAAACGGUAUCGAUAUCAUCAGUUUGGACUCUGAGGACGAGAUAGACGCUUCGGUGGAUCAGCCGGUCCCCAAUAAUACGGCUAAACAUGAGCUCUUGAACACGGCUACUGAAGUCGGGGCAGAGGGCCCAUCAUUGAAAACGCGACGUUUAGAGCCGGAUACACACCACGAGAGCUCGGUUUCGGGAGUGUUGCAACCAGUCUCGCCAAAAGAGUCUAGCACGUUGCACCAACUGGAGUCUCAAAAUGGCACUACAAACGGCGGCUCCCUGUUGGGGUUCAAUUUGCCCCUUGUAACUAUUGCCGAAGAAAACCUGCAAGGUGGAUUCCUCAUAGGUGAUUCGGCGCUUGAAAAAUCGCCGAAGCAUGACGUAAAAUAG